AUGGGGUGUGGCCAUUACGACAGUGGCCAUUACGACAGCAGCCAUUACGACAGUGGCCAUUACGACAGCAGCCAUUACGACAGUGGCCAUUACGCCAGUGGCCAUUACGACAGCAGCCAUUACGACAGCAGCCAUUACGACAGCAGCCAUUACGACAGCAGCCAUUACGACAGUGGCCAUUACGACAGUGGCCAUUACGACAGUGGCCAUUACGCCAGUGGCCAUUACGACAGUGGCCAUUACGACAGCGGCCAUUACGACAGCGGCCAUUACGACAGCUGCCAUUACGACAGUGGCCAUUACGACAGAGGCCAUUACGACAGUGGCCAUUACGACAGAGGCCAUUACGACAGCGGCCAUUACGACAGUGGCCAUUACGACAGAGGCCAUUACGACAGUGGCCAUUACGACAGAGGCCAUUACGACAGCAGCCAUUACGACAGUGGCCAUUACGACAGAGGCCAUUACGACAGUGGCCAUUACGACAGAGGCCAUUACGACAGUGGCCAUUACGACAGUGGCCAUUACGCCAGUGGCCAUUACGACAGCAGCCAUUACGACAGCAGCCAUUACGACAGUGGCCAUUACGACAGUGGCCAUUACGACAGUGGCCAUUACGCCAGUGGCCAUUACGACAGUGGCCAUUACGACAGCAGCCAUUACGACAGCAGCCAUUACGACAGCGGCCAUUACGACAGCGGCCAUUACGACAGUGGCCAUUACGACAGCGGCCAUUAUGACAGCGGCCAUUACGACAGUGGCCAUUACGACAGUGGCCAUUACGACAGCGGCCAUUACGACAGCGGCCAUUACGACAGCAGCCAUUAG